AUGAAGGUGUUGGUGUCCUUCAAUUGCUGGGAUGUGGAAACACAACUAGCAUUCUACAAAUUAGCCGCCGAGAAUUCGUUUUAUAUCGACUAUAUUAACCUCAAUGAUUCUAAAGCUCUACAAGGCAUUGAGUAUCGAUUAAUUGCUAAGAAGCCAACAAUGGGGAUUUUUAUGGACCUAAAUUGUGAAAGUGCUGAGGAACUUCUGAGUAUUGCUAGCCAUGAACGGCUUUUCAGCGACCAUUUCUUCUGGUUGAUCUACGAUGACAUGGCUAAUGUAACAUACUUUCGUGGGCUCUUCAAACGCCAAAAUCUUGCUGUUGAUGCCGAGAUCACCUACGCAUAUUUGAAUACCCCAGAAGACGAUGGGAAUAGCUCAGCCAUUGCUAGCUACACGCUCUAUGAUGUUUACAACAACGGUUAUUAUCAUGGUGGCAAAUUGAAUAUGACAUUGGAUCGUGAGAUAUAUUGCAACAGCGAAGAGUGCUAUGUUAAUAAAUAUCUAUCGAAAUUACAUUUACGCAACAAAUACGGCAACAGGAAUACAUUGCACGAUGCCACGCUGCGUUUGACUGUUGUGGUACGUGCGAUUAAUCUAAAGUUAUAGGAUACUUUUAGCAAAUAAUAAUUGCAGGUCACUAAAAUACCGAUAACUAGUACACCAGAGCAGAUCUUCGCAUUUCU